CCCGCCUCCUUGUCCGAUCCCUCGCUGCCGUUCCCGCGCCUCAUCGUCUUCGACCUCGACUACACGCUCUGGCCCUUCUGGGUCGACACCCACGUCACGCCUCCGCUCAAGAUCAACCCCGCACACACCGGCGCGACGGAUCGCACGGGCGAGGAAUUCGCCUUCUACGACCAGGUCCCCGAGAUCCUGGCCGUGCUGCCGUACCUCAACAGCCCGAACAAGAUCAAGCUGGGCGUUGCGUCGCGGACGAGCGCGCCGAGUCUGGCCCGCGAACUGCUCAAAGGCCUCCACAUCCCGCCGACAGCCUCCUUCUCGGACGAAGACGGCAGUAGUAAUAAUAAUAAUAAUAAGAAAUCAUCGUCUGCGACGAAGAAAAAGAUUGCGAUUGACGUGUUUGACGGAGGGCUGGAGAUAUACCCGGGAAGCAAGAUUAAGCAUUUCGAGGCGCUGCAGAAGCGGACGGGGAUCCGGUUCGAGGAUAUGCUCUUCUUCGACGACGAGGCGAGGAAUAGGGAGACGGAGCGGCUGGGCUUGACGAUGAAGCUGGUGUUGGACGGCGUGACGUGGGACGAGGUUGGGAAGGGGGUUGAGCUGUGGAGGAGCAGG